GCGGCGCGGCGGCCGCGGUGGUGGCAGUGCGGCGGCGGGCGGCGCGCAGGGCGGAGCGGCGGCGGCGGAGCGGCGCCGGGACCGUCUGUGCGCGGCGCUCCUGGGCGGCGGCGAGCGGCCGCUGCCUGCCGGCCAUGUCGGGCCGCGGGAAGUCCGGCGGUAAGGCGCGGGCCAAGGCCAAGUCGCGCUCGUCGCGGGCCGGGCUGCAGUUCCCCGUGGGCCGGGUGCACCGGCUGCUGCGCAAGGGCAACUACGCGGAGCGGGUGGGCGCCGGGGCGCCGGUGUACCUGGCGGCCGUGCUGGAGUACCUCUCGGCCGAAAUCCUGGAGCUGGCGGGCAACGCGGCCCGCGACAACAAGAAGACGCGCAUCAUCCCGCGGCACCUGCAGCUCGCCAUCCGCAACGACGAGGAGCUCAACAAGCUGCUGGGCGGCGUGACCAUCGCCCAGGGCGGCGUCCUGCCCAACAUCCAGGCCGUGCUGCUGCCCAAGAAGACGCAGAGCUCCAAGAAGUGAGCGCUGCCCCUCUCCCGGCCCCCUCCUCGCCGCUGCCCCCCGCGCCUCUCCCUUCGGGGCCGGGGUUCCCCUCCUGCUCGUACACCCGGGCUGGGGGGUGAGCCCCCGGCUGUGCCCCUCCAGCUCUCCGCCAGCCCCCCCGGCCUGGGCUGUAGCGGGGUGCUGGGGGAGUGCGGGCGAGGCCGGGCCCCGCUUGUGUCCCCACCCCGCCCCGUCUCUCUGGAAGAAGCCUUUUUGCAGGAGAUGGUGGGAGUGCGGCCGGCGGGGGCCGGGGCGGCGCGGUUGGGUCGCCGCGUGGAGCUGCCGAGGACUGUUGUGGCUGCGUGGGGAUGGACACGGGCACCUCCGGCUGCCUCCACCGGCCCUGGGGCCCUGCAGGCCCCCCCCCGCGGCUGUCCUUGCUGCCCUGGCGUGGGGCUGAGGCUUGCCGCUGCUGCACACCCUGAGCGGUGCCAUCCCCGCUGCAGUGCGGCAGGGGGGGCUGGCAAAUGCGAAAAGCAGAAGUUUCUCCCAUCAGCAAGGAGCGACUGUUAGUUUUAGUUCUGUCCGUGGUUAAAGCUCGUGCGUUCCUACUGUUAAGAAGCUCUGGUCCUAUUUAUUUGGAGGUAGUUUUAUUUUGGGUAGUCCCUUUCCCCACCAAGGCAGCUCCCAGCUCGGGGGGCUCCGGGUUGCAGUGACAAAUCCCCGCGGAGCAUUGCAAGGUCAGGUGCCUGGAGCUGCCAUCUUCUGCUGCAGCUCCGUGCUGCUGGCGGAGCAGCCCUGCCUAUGGGAGCCCCCCGUGUGCCCCCCGGCUCCAUCACGCCCCGACUGCACUUCCACAAAUGACAUGCUGUGUCUUUCCGUUUGUUCAACGCCGUUUCUGGUUCUGAGAAAUAAAGUGAUGAUGCUGUCUGUUGUGUGUAA